AUGUUGAAUUCGACAGACUGGACAGAUUAUGUUCGUUCAAACCCUUCAACACCAUCAAAUUCACCACCCCCAAAUUCUGUCACAAACUCAAACAGCCCUUAUAAUAAUGGUUCCACCAUGAAUUUGGAUGAUUACCUGAUUAACCCGUUCGGAUUCGAAGGUCUUUAUCCAUACAACACUCUUGGAACAACAAUUCCAAUGACCGCAACUUCAUACUUUUCCGCUAAUCCCAAUUUUGGCUUUGAUGAUGUUAACAACACGACAUCUUGCUCUAGUAACGUAAUCGCUAAUCAGCAUCAUGGUGGUGUGAAUGAAAAUGAAUCACAAAAUCAUCAAACGUUGGAUCAAUUGGCCGCCGCGGCUGCCUUAAUCUCCGCCUCUCGUGAUGAUGGUCCUUCAAUGAGUGAGAAUAUUCGUCAGAAUCGCAACAGACCUCAUUUAAUGCCUUUGAACAUUGAACCUGCAACCACAAAUUCAAACAUUUACCGGUUCAGUGAGAAUUUUAAUUUCGCGGACUCUAUGUCAAGUUCUCCAUCUUCUGCGGUCACAAUGCCACCAACGCCAGUAUUUUUCGAACCGGGAUUUCUUGAUGGCGUCACAAACACAAUCACCGAUGGGUUUUCUUUUGGAAUCAAUCCAACCACAUUAACUUCUGAACAAUUGUUGGAAAAUAAUCAGAUUUCUGUCUCUCGAUCUCAUAGUUACGACAGUGUUUCAUCAUCAUCUCAACAAAGUACAAUCUUCACCUCCGACAAAAUUAUUGAAAACCCUCAAACUGUUACUCCGGCUGCAAUCACAAUUAAUCAACCUUAUCAACCAAAUUUUGCUCCAUCCCUUUCUCGAACUCCAUCUGCUCUUGGCGUAGAAACUGACUAUUUUAAUAGUAAAAAGCAUCCAAAAGGUCAAUGUGAACAGGCUAAUAAAAAUAAUAAUGUUAGAAGAAGAAGCAGAACUUUGUCUAAUCCUCCCAAUAUAAAAGCGGAGCCAAGUACUCCGGCUCUUUCCCCACCGGAAUCACCAGGAGCGUCCGUAUCAAGCUCUUCGUCUCCACCAUCUCCCUCACCUCCACAAACUCCAAAUUACAUGCGUCGCGUGUCGAUUAGUCCAACGAUCAUUGAAGAGGAAGAGGAAGUUAUGAUGUCAAACCCUAACCCUGUUCCACUAGUAACAUCAUCAUCUCCUUUCGUUCCGGAUCUGCCAAACAUUAAUUCGGUCAAUCCGCGACUUACUCAAAGUGCUGCAGCUAAUGUGAUGAGGCCUGUUAUACAACAAUAUUUAAAUUCUUCUAAUCCAGCAGCAUUGGGCGAAAAAACUGUUAUGGUUCUAACUUCAAAAGUUGCUCAAAAAUCCUAUGGAACCGAAAAAAGAUUUUUGUGUCCCCCUCCUACUACGUUGAUUUUGGGAUCAAAUUGGUGGAGUCCGUCACCGCACAAUCAUAAUGUUGGACAUUCAUCAAAUUCAACAACUUUUAGCCCACCAAAAAUUUCUGUGGGAAUUUCGGGCGAACAGGGACAUCAACAAGGAAUCCUUGAAUGGAUUAGUCCUUCUGGUAACCCACUCGAUCCAAAUUCAUGCUCCGAAAUGGCUUUCAGCGGGAAAUGUGUUUCAAAACAUUUGUAUAUUAACGAUGCUGACGAGAAACGAAAGAGGGUGGAAGUUUUAGUGAACAUCCAAAGUCCAAUGGGUCAUAAUUUUGGCACGUUUGCUAGUAAACCUGUCAAAGUCAUAAGCAAACCAAGUAAAAAACGACAGAGUGUGAAGAAUAUGGAAUGCAAGUCGCAAACGGUGUCAACGAAAUAUCUUGGCGUGUCAAUGCAAAACACAAAUCAAACGUUUGGACCUUGGUAUAGCAAUGGAAAUAACAUGUCAUCAAAUCCUAAUGAACAACCACAUCCAUGUUUUGUUGCACGAACGGGAAGUUGGGACCCUUUCAUCAUUUGGAUCGUUGAUCCACAUCACGUCAAGGGAAAAGAUGAUCACCCUCAGCAGCCACCUCAUCCCAAUUUCCCUCGUCCACCACCUGCCGCUAUUAAAACAAAUUCCAACAAUCCCACGCCGAUUCACUACAAUCAGCCCAUCGUCUUACAAUGUUUGACAACAGGGAUGACAAGUCCGGUCAUGAUCAUUCGCAAAGUUGAUAAAGGCAGUAUGGUCAUAGGCGGGGGUAUCCUUGAACCAAUGAACGGAUAUAGUGAUGGUGAAGAAGCUAUUGGUGACCCAGUAUCACAAUUACACAAAGUUUCAUUCCAAAUAAAGGACGCUAACAUAGCUACUCCGUCACCUGUCACAUCACCUACAUUCCAACCUUCAAAUCAGGCACACCCACCAGGUCCUGGUACAUAUUUAGCUUGUUUGGGUGACGUUGUUGGAAUGCAGCGUGCAAACGAAGGUCGAAAGAUAAUAAAUAGCUCAACAGUCGGUGCAGGUUUAUUAGAUAUGAAGAUCAAUUCACCAAUACUUUCUCCUACAUCAGAAAUCCCCCCAGUCGUUGCCGCAGCAUUGGCAGGUGCACAAACAAAUUUUCCGUAUGAUUCAACACCAUUGUCCGAAUCAGCGGUAGUAUCUACUGAAGGUGGCAAAGUGGUUAGAAAAAGAAGGGUAUCGUCAUCAGUAGUUAUCAGACCUACCACUACAUUGUCAAAAUCUACUUUAGCUAAAAAUAGGAGAAGAGUGAAUAGUUUGAGUGGUGUUGCUAGCGAAGUUGAUCUAGCCAAAUUUGCUUCUACGACAAGGAACUCCAUGAAUGUUACAGAUGCCGCAGUGUGGACCAUUGUUGGAACUGAUUGUGCUUCAUACACAUUUUAUUCUCCACAAAAUUUGAUGGGCCGUCAAGUCAAUCCUUCAUCGUCCCAUAUUAUUUCACCAUUACCACCAUCUACCCCAGUUACACCACUUCCCAUUAUUUCAACUGUUAUAACAGCUGCAUCUUCGUCUUCAAAUAGCUCUCAUGUUCAAUAUUCAGCGACCCCAAAUACUGUAACUAUUUAUGGUGAAAAUUUUACACGCGACCUUAUGGUAUGGUUCGGAGAUAAGCCAAGUCCAAGGACAGAAUUUCGAUCCAAAGACUGUCUUGUGUGUUUGUUACCUGAAGAAUUGAUUUAUGAAAUAGAUCGUCAUAAUAGUGUCAAACUGGACAUUGUUAAUGCUAGUCUUCAAGGUCGUCAUCUUCAUCUUCUUCCACAUGGAAGGAUGAAUGGUGGCAGACCUAUUUUAUUCAGUCGAAAUGAUGGGAUAGUGUUUAGAACUGAUAAAGUAUGGCCAUAA